AUGACAUCCCCAAAGCCAACAGACCUAAACCCGGUCCCCCUACCAGCCCCCUUCUCCACAAUCCCCCGAACCCCCCUCCUGCUAGGCCCCUCACCAAUCCACCCCCUCCCCCGCAUAACCGCCGAUCUCGCCAAAAACAACCCCCACCCACACGUAACCAUCUACGCCAAACGCGACGACCUAAACUCCGCCUACGCCUAUGGCGGCAACAAAACCCGCAAACUCGAGUACCUGCUCGCCGACGCCCAAGCGCAGGGCUGCACGACCCUCGUCUCCAUCGGCGGCGUGCAAAGCAACCACACGCGCCAAGUCGCGGCCGUCGCCGCGCGCUCCGGACUGAAAGCCCGUCUGGUGCAGGAGCACUGGGUCGACUGGACCGACCCCGGCUACGAGAGCACGGGCAAUAUCCAGCUGUCGCGACUGAUGGGCGCGGAUGUGCGGCUCGACCCGUCUGGAUUCGGGAUCGAGCAUAAGAAUACCGCGGCCGCCGUUGUUGAGCAGGCUAAGGUGGACGGUGAAAAGCCAUACUAUAUUCCUGCUGGUGCGUCGGAUCAUCCGCUGGGUGGACUUGGGUUUGCGCGGUGGGCGUUUGAGGUUCGGCAGCAGGAGGCGGAGAUGGGGGUUUUCUUUGAUACGGUUCUCGUUUGUGCUGUUACUGGGUCGACUUUUGCGGGGAUGAUUGCUGGGUUUAAGUUGCUGGAGAAGUUGUAUCCCGAGGAUGCGAAGAGGAAGGUUAUUGGGAUUGAUGCUUCUGCGACUGUUGAGGCGACGAAGGCGCAGGUUUUGCGCAUUGCGAAGAAUACCGCUGCGAAGAUUGGGCUUGGUGAGGAUGAUAUUACCGAGGAGGAUGUUAUUCUUGAUGAGCGGUACCAUGCUGGUAUUUAUGGUGUUCCUGAUCGUCAGACUUGGGAUGCGAUUGAAUAUGCGGCGAAGAUGGAGGCGUUUAUCACGGACCCCGUCUAUGAGGGGAAGAGCUUUGCGGGUAUGAUGGAUAUGAUCCGUCGUGGGGAGAUCAAGGGUGGGAAUAUCUUGUAUGCGCACCUCGGUGGACAGUUGGCUUUGAAUGCUUACUCCGAGCUUGGUCGGACCAACGAAUAG